AUGCUCCCAGGAGCAUCAAGGCCCUGCGCUAGUAAGGAGGCUCCGCUCUCGAAGGAGGUUGUCGUCCACAACAACCAAGAGUUCUCGGAAAGUCCGCUCGCCGACCGCAGCAAGCACACCAGCCGCAAGAAAACUGCAGCCACUUCGCCUGCGGCGCUCCCGUCUACCAGUUUCAAUGACGAAAAGCCGUUUGGGAACUGUAUGGGCGUCGGGCACCUCGUUGAGAUACCUGUACGUGCCGAAGCCCGUCGGAAGUCAGUGAUGGAGAGCUUCGUUGCAGCGCCAGCAUUUCUUUGGCCCUACCGCAUAUUUGGCAUUGUACAUCCCCUCUGCCACACAGGCAGUCUGCGAGACUAG